AGUCAAGCCCAAGUUAUAUAAGCCCAUUAGAAUUAAUAGUGGUGAGUCAUGAUCCUUUAGAAGGAUCUAGAUAAUAGAAUUAGGGUAUGCUUAUGUUAUAAAUAGAUGGUUGGUGAAUGUAAGAAGAACCAAGAAAAUGAAUGAAGAAAUUAAUUUUAUAGUUGUUAGUAUUUUUUAGUAGUAUUUCUCUAUUUCUCUUAGCCCCAAAGUUAUGUUCAUAACAAAUGGUGCUUUCAUUGAGAGAAAAGCCAUGACUCCACCUUCUCCUUCCAUGGAAGAACUCUCCGCCUCCCUCACUCAACUCAUCCAAAGCCAACAAUCAUUUCAACUUAAUUUUUCAGCAAGCAUCAACAACCUCAAAACUGAAUUCCAUCAUCUUCGAUCACUUAUUCCUCCACCAAAUUUCAAUUCACCCAUCACACCUCAUACUCAACAACAAACUACACCACAACCUCGUGAAAUUUUCAUUCAUCAACCUUGUUCACCACUGGGUUUCACUUCACCCUUCACACCAGAUCCAUGGUUGUAUUCACACACACCAUUUCCUCAACAUCAGCCGAAAAAUAGUCCUUCCACCACCACUCAUUUCCACCAUACCCACUCAUCAUCUAUUAACCACCAACACCACCUUGAGAUUUACGAUUCUGAAACUGUGGAGAAAGACCUAACAAAAUCAACAAAUCUUUACCAAACAGAACUGCAACAACCAACUCUAAUUAUGAAACAACAACCAACUCUAAUUAUGAAACAAGAUGAAGAAAAAAAGUCAGUGGGAGAGGAAUCACCACCUGAGCCACCACCGAGAAUGAUUUCUGAUCAACCUCCAGUGUCGUCGCCGCCCUUAAAACCUCAGAACACAGUCUCACAUCAAUCACCGCCACCCCUGCGAUCUCCAAAUGUAGUCUCAUCUAUGUCACCACCGCCGAAAACACCAUUGAUACCUCCAAACACAGUCUCUUAUCAGCCACCACUAGUGAAACACCCUUGGGUUGUUACUACGCGACCAAUCUCUCUACCACGUUGGUUCACCGGCGCAAGGGAACUUGACAACCAUGACUCUCAGGCCGAAGUGAUGGAAAUGCAGAUUAAGGUCUUCGUAUUUAUUGCAACUGCAAACCCAGCAUAUCCUGCAGUGUUUGCAUUUGGUGACUCAAUCUUUGACACAGGAAAUAAUAACAACCUUGCAACUCUAUCAAAAUGCAACAAUCCUCCCUAUGGAAGAGAUUUCUAUGGCGGUCAACCUACCGGAAGAUUCGGGAACGGUCGAGUUCUAUCGGAUUUGAUAACUGCCUCUUUGGGAGUGAAAGAUACAUUACCAGCAUUCCUUAACCCGGCUUUAUCUGAUAAAGAUCUUCCUACUGGGGUUUGCUUUGCAUCCGGAGGUUCCGGGUUUGAUGAUUUGACAGCAAACUCACAGGGAGGAGUUUUGACAAUGGGAGCUCAACUGAACUUUUUCAAACAAUACAUAGCAAAGUUGAAAGCUGCAGUUGGACCAAAAAAAGCUUCUGAAAUCAUAUCCAAAGCUUUGUUUAUAAUAUCAGCAGGAAACAAUGAUGUUGCGAUCGCUUAUUCUUUCACUAUUCGAAGAACUAUGCAUUUCAAUGUAUAUGCUAGUACUUUAGUUACAGCAGGCCAAAAUUUCCUCAAGAGUUUAUAUCAACUGGGAGCACGACAUGUGUGGGUUAUGAGUACAAUACCAUUGGGAUGCUUGCCUGCAGCUAGAACUCAACUGGGAGGACCAUUAAGGUUAUGUGUAGAUUAUGAGAAUGGAUUAGCACAAAGGUAUAACGGCAUGUUAUCGGCCGGAGUUUCGAGUCUUAAAGCCUCUCUUCCCGAUUACGAUCUUAAGUUCGUCGAUGUCUAUACUCCUAUGCUAAAUAUCAUACAGAAUCCUUUCGCAUCAGGGUUUCAAAAUGUGUGGAAUGGUUGCUGUGGAACUGGAACAUUUGAAAUGGGGGCUCAAUGCAACUUGUUAACGUUCCAAUGUCCAAAUACUGCAACUUAUUUUUUCUGGGAUGUUGCUCAUCCUACAGAGAGAGCUUAUCAACUCACUGUUGCACAAAUACUACAGGCUCAAAACUAUGAUCUUAAUAGUUACCAUAUUUCCAAAGCUCUUCAUCCUUUGAAUGUAUCAAGUCUUAGUUUCAAAAAUUAAAUAGUUUCUCUUAUUUGUAAGAUAAAUAAUUUUUCUAUUGGACAAUUUAUUUGUCCAAAGAAAUGUAAUAAUGAAAUGUGCAAUGUAAGUGUAUACUACAUAAACUAAAGAUAAAGUUUAAAAAU